CGCUAGGUGGCGCUAUUUAAAGCAUGAUGGGGAAGGCGACGCCCGUGGUUAUGUUGUGUGUAAAUAAUCCAGAAAUUUCUGGUUUAGCGCAGUAGUUGUGCAUGGUUUUACAACUUUCUGUUAUAGGUAUAGGGUUUAGUUAACAAAUUGUCUCGAAAAUGAAGAAAGUGGGGUACUGGAUGACGGAAAAGAAGCUGAAGAAACUCGAUUUUCAUUCGAUAUUCAGCGCUAUGUGCAGGUCAAGGGGUAUUGAACUUGUCAAGAUUGACCUCCUUCAACCUCUGGAAUCCCAGGGUCCCUUCAGUGCCAUCAUCCACAAGUUGACCGAUGUCCUUAGCUUCGCUGCCGAUGGAGACAAGAAGUCACAGGAGAUGAUCGACAAUCUUAAGAAGUACACCAAAGACCACCCUUCAGUUCCCAUUGUGGACCCCGUAGAUCGGGUCUGUAAACUGAUGGACCGCAACGCCAGCUACUUGUUGUUUCAAAAUGCCUUCCAAAACAGCUCAGCUCACGGUAAAGUGUUAGUGCCCAACUUUGUGGAGAUCCAUACCACAGAUGUAGCGGAGAUCAAGAGGUUACUAGAGAGGGCAAAGGUCAAGUAUCCAUUCGUUUGCAAGGCAUCGAAGGCACACGGGUCUAUCAAAUCUCACGAGAUGGCCAUUGUGUUCAACGAUGCAGGCUUGGAGGACAUUGAACCACCCUGUGUAGCCCAGACGUUUAUCAACCACAACGCCCAGAUGUUUAAAACCUUCAUCAUCAAUGAUGAUUUUGUCGUUGUCAAACGGCCGUCCAUCAAGAACUUUGUACAUAUAGAACCUGAUCAAGAGACGAUAUUCUUCCACAGUCAUGAUGUUUCCAAACCGCAUUCAUCUUCUUUCCUGAAUGAGCUCGACAAAAGUGACCAGACUCGAGAGCCAGUACUACCCUCCAAUGAAAUCCUCAUUGACCUUGUUGCCGCGGUGACCCGGUCGAUGGAGCUGUCCUUGUUCGGUUUCGAUGUCAUCGUUGAGAACGACACCGGCAUGCAUUACGUGAUUGAUAUCAAUGCAUUCCCAGGUUACGACGGCGUGCCGCAGUUCUACGAGAAACUACUGGAGUACGUCCAGAGGAUUAUCUCCACGCCGGACACCAACGGCACAGGUACCAACCACGUCGUGGAAAACAACAGGACGCACCAGGGCGAGGGCGCUAACCACACCUUGAAGGACGGCUGGAGGAAAGGGAAGAGUCUAAAGCGGUCUUUUCCCGCGGACCUCGACGGCGUAGUCACAAACGGGAACAGUCAACCCAACAAGUGUCUCGCAAAAUGAAAAUGAAUGCAUCUGGCCAAUAGAUUAUUAAUAGACCCUGUUACAAAAUUGUAUAGCUUGUAAGAUAAUUUGAUUUAUAGCAUACGGCAAUAAUUAUGAUGCACGUUGAAUUGUGUUACAUUUAUCAUCCAAUCCGCUGCGGUACUAUUUUUGUUGAUAAUUAUUUUUUAACUAAUUUUUGUUAUCCAAUGAUUUUUGCUGUAGCUGCAACGAUCAACCGAAUUAUGUUCUCAUUCGAAAUUUUAAUGUCUUGUCAGAUAUUGACAUAGUUUUUCUUUUAGAACAUCAUCAUGACGUAGCAUCGGUGCUUGUUUUAAAUGCCAGGGAAAGAAUUAUUUAACACCUCAACUCUUGAUAUUCCUCGCCCGAACCUUUGUAUGAUUGGACAAAUGCCCUUGAUGUUGAUUGGUCGAAAGCAAACACUGCAGACACUUACGGAUAUUCUGAUUGGUCAGUUGGCAAUCGGGUGGGAGGAGCUCAAACUGCCAUUUUUAAUUGGCACGCCUAAGUACAGCAAACUCAACCUAAGAACCAAAAAUUGCUCCAUGCGAAGUGAAGAAAAUAAUCACUGCAUGUUGGAGGGUGCAUGUCUUACACUAUUCUUGGUGCGAGACGCUCUAAGCGGGGUAGUUCGCCAUAGACGGUACAGCCUUUGUACCGCGCAGUAGCAUUCAUGUUCCCAUGUCGCCAAACCGCAAUCAAAGAACGUCUUGGGAAUUUCGCAUUGCGGCAGGGCGUGACUUAAUAUGCUAAAGAGCAGCACGUGCGCAUUGGUGGAAACAAAGGAGCUGGUCCGAAGACUGGUAGGCAGGCGAGGUACCAUACACGUGCAAUCGACAGCACUAGUCGCAAACCGGUUGACUGGUUCGUUCAAAUCAUGGCCAAGUCCAAAGUGAUGAAGAGCACUGAUUUUAAGCCUUCCAAGGCCCAGUUUCUUUGCUGCCAAAUUGACUGCUUCGUCCACACGCGGUCGACAUUUUAUUUUUCCAACGACGCUUACAGUCUCACUUGCAAACUGCAGUACGUACAGAAACCAGACAUGCUUACGUCAUGCACACGUGCCAAACAAUUCUGCUCAGAAUUUCCUGAGCAGAAAUACGAAAUUCCUUUGAGGUCUGUUGGCGUGUGUGUUAAGGGCGCCCGCUGGGGUGAACCAUUGCACAGUCCAAUAACCCAGGCCCACUGAAACAUCGUACCACUAUGACAUCUUGGAACUAAGACUAGUCUUACACUAGCAUUUUGAAUGUUACUGUCAUCAAACACAUGGAAGUCCAUAGUUUUUUUUGGGGGGGGGGGGAACCCUGUUAAGUUAUUACACUCAUCAAGUUGUAUAUGAACAUGAAGAGCCAUUCCAUAUUUCCCAACAGUUAAAGCAAGUCUUCACAUUUGUAUUUCCUCAGUAGAUUUUUAUUCUCAAAUGCCUAGUCAGUGAUGAAUUUUAUUCU